AUGGGUGAUACAAGUGAUCAUGAGGAACAAACUAACCAGAAUCCGUCCCUAAAUCUCCAAUUUGAUGAUAAACCUGUUUUCCCUCCAUCACAUCCUUUCUAUUUGCAUCCCUCUGAUAAUCCCGGUAUUAUUUAUGUUCGACCUCCUGUUGAGUCCCCACUCUUUGAUCAGUGGGAACAGUGUAAUCAUAUGGUUAUUAGUUGGAUCCUCAACUCUCUAGACCCGGAUAUUUCUCAAAGUGUCAUAUAUUCCAAAACUGCCAAAGGACUUUGGGAUGAAUUGAACCAGCGGUAUGGACAGUCCAACGGUGCUCGAAUGUAUGAAGUUCAGAAGGAUUUUAGUUCAGUUUCUCAAGGUUCAUCUGACGUGAGUGGUUAUUUCAACAAAGUUAAAAGACUUUGGGAUGAGAUGGAGUCCUUAAACACAGAUUCUUAUUGUAUUUGUGAGUGUACUUGUGGGGGUAAACAUAAGAUGAUGAAGAGGGAUCAAAACUUGAAACUAAUGCAGUUCUUAAUGGGCCUCAAUGAAAUUUUCAACAAUGCUAGGGGAAACAUCUUAAUGAUGGAGCAUCUUCCUGAUAGGGGCUUUCAAAAUCUGCCCGUGUUUCAAUCGGAUUCGGCUUCCUUCUCUGUUGGAUCUAACUCCAAACCCAAACACUCCUUCAACAAUCCAAGCACUAAUUUCAAUACUCAACCGCAGAAGUAUAAUUUCCCUACUCAGAAUCAAUAUCAAAGGGGAAAUUCUGAUGGAAAAGGAAUCUCAGAUCCUCAGAAACUAUUUCGUAGGUAUUGCAAAAAGAAUGGGCAUCUAAUAGAAAAGUGUUAUAAACUUCAUGGCUAUCCACAGAAUUUCAAAUUUGGCAAUAGAAAUGCGAGAGCGAGAGUUGCUGCUAAUGUGUAUUCCAAUCCUGAAAGCAAAGUUGACAAUUUCUCUGAGAAUCCCACUCCAUCCACUACCAUAACCGCAGACCAAUACAAGCAGCUAAUGAACAUCCUUCAACAAGUACAAGUUGCAGAUGAAGGCCUGAAUCAGUACCCCUCCGCUUCUGCAAAUUUCGCAGACUCUGGAGCAACUGACCAUAUGACCUCUGAUAAAAAUUUACUUACCAAUAUAACUGACUUACCAAUUCCCAUCCUUGUCACCCUACCUAAUGGAUAUAAAGUGAAAGUGGCCUCUACUGGUACUGGCCCUUCUCUGAAGAAGCCAUUGGUACUUGGUAAGAUGGCUGAAGGGCUCUAUCUCCUCAAUUCCAGCUCCACAGGACCACAAUUUGAUUGUUCCACGGUUCCUUCUUCACUUUCUGUUCAUGCAAAUAAUGUCAAUGUGAAUAAGUCACACAUCUUGUGGCAUAAUAGGCUGGGUCAUCUUCCAUUUUCCAAAUUACAGAAAAUCACUUGUAUCAAUGUUCCAUCUUGUGAUAGACAACCUUUCAUUUGCGAUGUGUGCCCACUUGCUAGACAACAAUGA